GAGGAGGUCUUGGACUUGUUCCACUGUUACAGUGAGACGGAAUCCACUCCUCUCACCCGCACCUCGAGGGUAAGGGUGAUGGCAGACAUGGGGAGCCUAACCACCGGUUAAGACUGAGGCAAAGCACUACUGUCAACUUGUUAUGUGCUACAACAGUUGAACAUUUAAUAUUCUUUUUCUUCCUUUCCCGUUUUUGCUGUUGAAUAAACAUCUUGCAUUCUGUCUCCGCUUCUUUUCGCCGGAGAGCAAGCAGAGUACCCAGCGAAAUUCUCAUCCCUGCACGUCGGGCUACAACACAACCUCCACCCCCGCCUCAGGCCGCCAGCCCCAACGACCGCCCCGCGCAGGCCGCCCUCAGCACCACCCCUGUGGGCGGGCGGAGCCUCGGCGCGGCCCGGAUGCGAGCGUUGGCUGCGCGUGACGCCGUGCGCUGCAUCCGCCAAUGUGCGGCCGCGGCGCUGCGUUUUGAACGUCGGGGAUCGGCGCCAACCGCCCGGCUGUGCGCGGGGACACUCCGCUGCUCGUGUCACUUCUGCGCGGGCGGCGCUGCUCUCGGAAAAUGGCUGAGCAGCUGAAAAAGCCCUUCAAAGACAGUCUGAGCGAUAUAAAGGAACGAAUGAAGGAGAAGAGAAAUCAGAAAUGGAUGACGUUGAGUAAAAUCAGCCAGAUCUCAACUGUGAAGUGCAAAAGAGCAACCACCAGCUCUGUGAAAAUGAAAAGCCUCCAGGCCAACAACAAAGCUCUGGCUCAGGCUUUGCAGGAAGAAAAGCUCAAACUGAGGGAUGCUCAAGCUAUUAUCAUACAGCUAAGGAAAGAGUAUCAAGAUCUGAAGUUUCAGAUGUUUGACCUGCGAAGAAGGCUUGCGUUCAGGCAAGCACAAGGACUCGUUGAGACUAGACUGUCAGCCUUGAGUGAGAUAAUUUCAAAGGUUUCUCAGAAUUUACUGGAGUCAGUUGAUCUCCUUGGCCCAGCAAAGGAUUUGUGUUCCAGAGGUGUAAGUCAGAGAGUGCUUACUUCAGUGCUUGAAAAUAAUUCCAGUGGCAUAAGAAAGAGAAGUUCUGUUAUUUUCUCUAGAGAGCUUCCACAGCGUGCUGAUGCUGAUGAUCAAGUACUUCGACGUAGCUUGGAAGCUGACUGUGAGAAAAGUGAGCUGGGUCAUUCUGUGUUUGAGAUCUGUCAGGAACUUGACAAUGACAUUUUCUUAACCAAAAUAACUCCAGACAAAGGACAAGCAUCUGAUUUUCAUGUGUACAGCGUAGCAUCAGUGCUGGGAAAUGUUUCUUCAAGUGGAGAAGAUGGAUUUGGUAAUGUGUUAACAAAGAAUGUGUCUACCAGGCGCCGCUGUUUGAAGAUGACAGAUAGAGAUGAACUUUGCACUGGUGUCUUGGACCAUUUGGAAGCACCUGAUUCAGCUAAAGAGCCUUUUGAACAGGAUGAAAUCGGGCUUGAGAAAAGUCUAGAUGUGUGUACUGCAGAAAACAUACAUUCAAGUAUUUCUCAGGUGGACAAAGGUUCAGAGCUGGUGUUAAGGCAGAUGGAUUCUGAAACUGCAACGGUCAGUUCAGGCAGCAGUUCAGAUCCUAAACAGCGUGCAUGUAAAAGCAGAGAAGACUCUCAAGUAAGGGGAGAGAAGGAUCAGAAGGUGAAAAUGGGAGGGACUAAAGAUACUUCCAGACCAAGAUCAAAGAAAAGACAAGGUAAAGAGACUUCCAAAGAAAAGUUGGACUUCUUGAGUGGUUCCAGUGAUGCUUAUGACUUCAAUUUUGAAGAGAGUGUCCACGUUACACCUUUUCGACAAAAUAAGGUGAAUGGCACAGAUACUGAUGUGAACAGCAAAGAGUCGUCAUCUGAAUCUAAUACCAUUGAGUUGAGUGAUACUGAAGGAGAUUCAGAUGAUAGCCUUUAUGUACCUUAUAAAUCAAAAAAAAGGAAAAGUUCAGUGGACAAGAUGGACACAUCACCAAUCCGUGUAAGGCCAAGGUCUAAAAGAUGCCUGGCGCAGCGUGAGCAGAAACUCCAUAAAGAAGAGACUGAAAAGAAGACUGAAAGCAGUAAAUCAAGUGAAAAGUCUAUGAGGCAACCUUCUAAGUCAUUUCAUGGUCAUCUCUGUGAUGUUACUAAUAUUGCUUCAUCACUCAUAAACAAUGGGAAUGCAGCUGUUGGCCCUGCAGGUGAAAGACCCCCAUCUCCAAAACGCAAACGCAGAAGCUGUACGCUUGCUGUGAGCUAUAAGGAACCAAGUAUAGCAGGGAAACUCAGAAGAGGAGAUCCAUUUACAGAUGUAUGUUUUCUGAAUUCUCCAAUUUUCAAGCAGAAAAAAGAUGCUAAACGCAAUUCCACCAGGAAGAAAUCUCUUUCAAAAUAUAACGAGAAGUUUGUUGGUGGUUAUUGAGAUUUUCUGUGAUGCUAACAAAACUAUAAGAAAGGAAUUCCUUCAGCCAGCAAACUUACACUAUGCAACUAUCUCUAGGUGACUAAUGGGAUAUAAAACAAAAUGGGUUUUGGUUUUAAUCAAGUGACUCAUUCUUAAGGAUGUGGAAGACAUAUUACUUUUAUAACGAAGGUGAUUCCACUAAAACUCCUUUGGAAGACAUCCUACUUUGUAAAUAUGUCAGAAAUAUCUGAUGAAAAAGAUGAUGAGCAAAAUUUUCUGACUUCUCUGCUUCGUCUGACUGUGGUUGGCACAAGCGAACUUCAGCUACUUAAGAUCAAAUGUUUUCCAUGUUUGUACAGAUCUUAUUUAUGUAACAGUUAGUUUCAUAUUGAAGCCUAUAAUAAAAGUGUUAGUGUUGUAAAGAACUCAGAAUUGGUUGGAGUCCUUUCUACAGGGUUUCCAUAGUUGCUUGAAGGGUAGCAGUGUCAGCUGUAGACAUACUGGAAGCCAGUGCAUUCCUUUCCUCCUCUUACUCAUAAGAGUAUCCUUGGAAGCAAGAUUCUCAACUCUAAGUCAGUUAUGUUAUGAGAGCUCUCAAACAUAUCAAUUAUAGUUGAUUGUUACUACUACGAAUGUAAGUUAAGUUUAUUAAGUUUAAUUCGCUUUGUUCCUAAUCAUCUGGUUAUCUGCAAAUGUUGUGAAGAGCAUUCUGUUUUGGGGACUGAAAGUACUCUGUGAGCCAGAGUACUUACCUUUACUGUUAGCUACUCCAUAAUUCUGGUCUUACUGUGUAUGCACCUUUACCAGAGGAAAACUUAACCUUUGGUACAAUGAUAGGCAGAAUGCUAGAAAAAUGCCACUGGAAGGAAGCUAUCCAGCAAGAUUUCAAGGUUGUAUAGCAUUUAAAAUAACACUUUAAAAUGUUCCUGAAUUGAAGAAAUGCUAAUGGAUACAUCAGUAAAAAGAGGAAAGCUGCAUUCAACAAAAGUAAUGGGAAAGUACAAAAAUACAGGUUCUUCAGUUGCUUUGCAAAAUUGCCUAUCUCACCUGUCCCGCUUCAAUAGAUAUCAGAGCUCUCCUGUGAUAAACAUAGUGCUGAUUUACUGUUCUACUGGUAACAGUUUUACAUGAUUGUCUCAGCAGUUCCAAUAAAAUGCUGCAUCUCCUUGGAGUCUGAGUACUUUCAGCAAUAAACAGCCCUUGAAUGUUGGAGCCACACCUUAACCUUCCACUGUUACGCUAAAAUUGUGACUAUGGAUGUUAUUAGCUUUGUUCUGAAACUCUUUAGCACUAUAUGAACUUCAGCGGAAGGAUUUAACUUUAGGUGUACUUUCUUUCAUGUUUCAAUUUUCUUUCAACCAUCUGCAAUAGCUGUUUAUCAGGCAUAGAAAAAGAACAAAGUGACAGACAAAUGUAUUUAUUUAUGGGUUUUUUUUGUUAGGUUUGAGGAAUCACAGCUGUAGGAAGUAUGAAUCUAGCUCACUUCUCCUAACUGGUAUUCCUAGAAGUCUAGGAAAACACUAAAUCUCUUUAGAAUGCUACUUACUGCUUUAUGAACCAUAUGCUUUUAUGUGACUGUUUACUUCUCAGUGCCUCGUAUGUUGAUAAUAA